AACUACCAUUCGUUUUCUGCAAGUGGGCAGAGCAAACACACACAGAGGCUCCUGCGCUGUGGCCGGAGUCUCAUCUUUGCAGUCUGCUCCAUACAGCGACGUCUCCGCUCGCCCUCUGCCUGGAUUUUAAGUCUAAUUACAACCUUUGGAGUACCAACAGAAACAAUAAAAAGGGGUUGUUGAGGGCCAGAAAGAUCAGUAAAACCUGAAAAGUGACACCAGGAAAUGGGGAGAAUGAGCUUGAUUUUCUGCUUUGCAGGAUGCAGCAAGUCGGACUCAGUCCACUGAGAUGUUAGUGAGAGAUGAGGAUGGGUCAGAGAAGGAAAUCACGCCGGUGAGGCAAACAAGCCACCGCCCCUGAAAAUCCAACACAGCUACACCGACUGACGCAGCCAUGCCCCGCCUGCCCUCCUGAUUCUCCCCCCCCCCCCCCCCCGUCCUCCUGCAUUCUCCCCUCCUGUCAAACCAGAGUCACAACCCUCCCGACUUCCCAUCAAGUCAGCAUGGCUACACCGUUCUUAUGGAAACUGUCAUCCCAGAAGCUGGGCUUCUUCCUGGUCAGCUUCGGCUUCAUCUGGGGCAUGAUGCUGUUGCAUUUCACCAUCCAGCAGCGAGCCAGCCAUGAGAACAGCGCUGUGCUACGGCAGCAGAUCCUGGACCUCAGCAAGCGCUACAUCAAGGCGCUGGCUGAGGAGAACCAAAGCGUCAUGGAUGGGCCUUAUGUGGGAACCAUGACAGCUUACGACCUGAAGAAGACCCUCGCAGUGCUGCUGGAUAACAUCAUGCUGAGGCUGGGCAAGCUGGAGUCCAAAGUGGAGAACAUCUACAACGGCACUGGGGGAAACCUGACCAACGGCACCAGCACCGCCACACCAAGCUCCACGAAUUCAGAGAAAGUUAACGUGGCAGACCUCCUAAAUGGAGCCCAGGAAAAGUGUGAGCUGCCGCCUUUGGAUGGUUUCCCUCACUGCGAGGGCAAACUCAAGUGGAUGAAGGAGAUGUGGCGCUCAGACUCCUGCUAUUCCAACUACGGCGUGGACGGAUCCACCUGUUCCUUCUUCAUCUACCUCAGCGAGGUGGAGAACUGGUGUCCUCGUCUGCCCUGGAGGUUAAAGACCAUAAAUGAGGAAAUAGACAGGAGGGGACAGGCGGAGAUCCGCACCAGUUUCGAGGAGCUCUACCGAGUGAUGUCACAGCGGGAGGAGUUCCGUUGGAUGAUGCUGAGGAUCAAACGCAUGGCUGAGCCGUGGGUCAGCGCCAUCCGCUCGCUGGCUGCCAAGCAGAAUCUGGCCAAGCGUCGCAGGAAGAAGAUCCUGGUGCACUUGGGCCUGCUGACCAAGGAGUCGGGUUUCAAGAUAGCAGAAAACGCCUUCAGCGGGGGCCCACUGGGCGAGCUGGUCCAGUGGAGUGAUCUCAUUACCACCUUGUACCUGCUGGGCCACGACGUCCGCAUCUCGGCCUCCCUGGCUGAGCUCAAAGAGAUCAUGCGCAAGGUAAUGGGCAACAAGUCCAGUUGCCCCACUCAGGGUGACAAGGUGGUUGAGCUCAUCUACAUUGACAUCGUGGGUCUUACCCAGUUUAAGAAGACGUUGGGACCUUCCUGGGUCCACUACCAGUGCAUGUUACGGGUGCUGGAUUCGUUCGGGACGGAACCAGAGUUCAACCACGCCCACUACGCCCAGUCCAAGGGUCACAAGACGCCCUGGGGGAAGUGGAACCUCAACCCGCAGCAGUUCAACACCAUGUUCCCUCACACACCAGACAACAGUUUCCUGGGCUUUGUCGUGGAGCAGCACCUCAACGCUAGCGACAUCAAGCACAUUGAUGACAUCAAGAGGCAGAACCAGUCGCUAGUCUACGGCAAGGUUGACAACUUCUGGAAGGACAAGAAGAAAUACCUGGACAUCAUCCACAGCUACAUGGAGGUUCACGGCACCGUGCACGGCACCAGCACCGUGCAUCUCCCGAGCUACGUGAAGAACCACGGCAUCCUGAGCGGCCGAGACCUGCAGUUCCUCCUCCGAGAAACCAAGUUGUUCGUGGGUCUGUCCUUCCCUUACGAGGGUCCUGCCCCCCUGGAGGCCAUCGCCAACGGCUGCGCCUUCCUCAACCCCAAAUUCAACCCGCCAAAGAGCAGCAAGAACACCGACUUCUUCAAGGGCAAACCCACCCUGAGAGAGCUGACUUCUCAGCAUCCGUAUGCUGAGGUUUACAUCGGUCAACCCCACGUGUGGACGGUGGAUAUCGAGAACUCCGCAGAGGUGGAGAGAGCCAUCCGCUCCAUCCUCAGCCAGAAGAUUGAGCCCUACCUGCCCUAUGAGUUCACCUGUGAGGGGAUGCUGCAGAGAGUCAACGCCUUCAUUGAGAACCAGGAUUUCUGCCACGGCCAGGUGAUGUGGCCCCCCCUCAACGCCCUGCAGGUGAAAAUGGCCGAGCCCGGACGUUCCUGUAAGCAGGUGUGUCAGGAGGAGCAGCUCAUCUGCGAACCGUCCUUCUUCCAACACCUCAACAAGGACAAAGACCUGGCCAGGUUUGGUGUGGACUGUCAGACGGUGGAGUCGAGUGCCGACACGGUGGUCCCGGCCUACAGCGAGACCCGCCGCCACUGCAUCUUCCAGUCCGACCUGCUGCUGUUCAGCUGCGCGGGCGCCCACCAGUCGCUGCGACGCAUCUGCCCCUGCCGCGACUACAUGAAGGGCCAGGUGGCGCUCUGCAAAAACUGCCUAUAGCACCAACCGCACAGGCAGAUAACAGGAGCAAGGGAGGGAGGGAGGGGGGGGAGGCUUGACAGAGGUUUGGGUUCGGGCGUGGCUGGAUGGAGUUUAAAUGAAGUCGGAGCAAUGAGUGUGUGUAUGUGUGUGUGUGUUUAAGAGACAUAGACGAAACACUCCAUGCAGUCAAACACACACCAGACUCCUUUGUCGGAAGCUUUUGGGACAGAAAAAAACGUUCACAGGACUGCGUGUGUUCAUCGUAUUUAUUGUUUUCCCCCAGCUGCUGGAGCUGAAGCACUCCCGCAGCCAACCCGAGCAUCCGUCGACCCUCAUUCACCAGCGGUGGCGCUUGGAGUCCUGGAAUUGAUGUAAAAUUACUUGAAUCAACAAAGGGAGUGGUCUUAGACUUUUAUAAAUGGCAGCCAGUGGUACCGCAGCACAUAUGAGUGACUGCCUGCCUGUCUGUCUCCAUGUUCACCGGGGGCAACAAGGGACCAAGGAGACUCAAAUGACCCUCGUGCCAGCCGCCCCACCCCGUCCACCCCCUGCCCUGCCCUGCCCUCUCCACUCCAACCCCUCCAUCCACCUCCCCUGAUCAAAUCUGAAACUGUUUAUUCUUUAGGUAGGUUUGCACUGGACUGGCAUGCCUGAAGGCCCACAUCCCGACAACACACACAUAUAUACACACACACACACACACACAUACACAUACGCACACACACACAGGGGGUUGUCCCCAGCCUAACAGACGGCGGCUAAAGACAAAACCAGUUUUACACUGUAACCAACUCGUUCCUCUCUUCUGGACGAAAGAGACGAGAGCGGACAUGUAACGUAGAUAUAUAGAUUUCUAUUCUGGAAGUUUUAUCAUUUCCUGACACAAACUCCAGACGUAAAAGCGGGCAUCAUUCCCCCUUAAAAAGGUCAUGGAAGCUAAAUAACAGUCACAAGACUCUUGAUUUUUAAUUUGUUUAAGUUGCACACUUGUUUCAAAUGAGGGACAGUUUAUGUGAAGUUGUAAAGAGAGGUUGAGUGUGUGUGUGUCUAGACUAAAGGCCAGUAAAGAAUCGUUUUUUUUUUGUCCGACUGUUUCAGCACACCAUCCGGUACUACGCACACACCGAGAGGUGAGGAUCAGGGAGGGUGAGGGUCGUUCUCUGUAGCUAAAGCUGUCGUGUACGGAGUCGCCAUGUCGUAGGAUGUCGUGACGUUGCGUCGUAGAUGAUAGACCGUCGUCGGUAGCGGUGAUAACAUCUAGAUACAUCGCAGCCCGGGCUAGCAAGGCCUAAAAUAACAUGUUUUCCAAAGACUCCACAGCCUGCAGAGAAACAUGAAAACCUUACCGAGAUGUUUGUCUGUGUUUUUAUGUACACAAAGUAAACCAUGAAACAAAAAAAAAUACAAAAACACAGGUCCACACACAUGUCCCGUCUCCAAGACAACAGCAAUACAUCCUUACAAACAAACUGUACGCAACAAAACAUGCCAACAAAGCGUUCCUACAACGCAAAAACCUCGCAUCUCCUCGUUCUGUUUGGAUAAUUGUUAGGAACUUCAUUUGCCUGCAGGUUUGCAAAGAAAAAAAAUUAAGGUAAAAAUAAAAUUCGUAGUUCUUGUGGUGAAUG